AGUGCUGCCAAUCAGUGCCACCUAUCAGUGCCAUUCAGUGCCACCUAUCCGUGCCAUCAGUGCCGCCUAACAGUGCCAGUCAGUGCUGCCUAUCAGUGCCAUAUAUGAGUACUGCCUUUCAGUGCCCAUCAGUGGUGUCUAUCCAUGCCCACCAGUGAUGCUUGUCAAUGCCCAUCAGUGCCACCCACCAGUGCCUCUUCAUCAGUGCCCAUCAGUGCAGCCUAUCAGUGCCCAAUACUGCAGCCUCAUUAGCGCACAUCAGUGAAGGAGAAAAAUUACUCAGUUACAAAUUGUCAAAA